UGUGAACAAGGGAAUAUAGGGCUGCAGGGGUGUCGCAGUUUGAUACUGAACAACUUCAUAAUUCAGCAGCAUCGUUAAAGAAGGAAGUGCAACCAUGGCGCAGGGUCUCAAGGAAAGAUUUGAAAACUUUCUCCAUGAAAAGAAUCUUAUUACAGAUGUUCUGGCAAAAAUCGAGGCAAAAACUGGAGUAAGCAGGACGUACAUCGCUCUCGCUGUCAUCGCUAUCAUCGCAGUUUACUUGGUCAUCGGUUACGGAGCCUCCCUACUGUGUAACCUCAUCGGCUUUCUGUAUCCAGCCUACAUAUCGAUCAAGGCCAUUGAAAGUGCCACCAAAGAUGAUGAUACUAAAUGGCUGACCUACUGGGUGGUGUAUGGAGUCUUCAGUGUGGCAGAGUUUUUUGCUGAUAUCUUCCUCUCCUGGUUCCCAUUCUACUACAUUGGAAAGUGUGCCUUCUUGGUGUGGUGCAUGGCUCCGACUCCUUCCAACGGAUCAGUACAGAUUUACAACCGAAUCAUUCGGCCAGUUUUCCUCAAGAAUGAAGCCAAGAUUGAUGAUGUGGUGAAGAACCUCAAGGACAAGGCAUCAGAAGCUGCUGACAAGUUCAAAGAUGAGGCCAAGAAAGCCACAGCAAACAUCAUAUUUGAAGAGAAGAAGAGCUCCUAAGAAGGCGGUUGUCAUGUCUACAGUGUCCUCCCUGGAGCUGACUUUGUUACAGAAGAAAUGUUGCCUUGAAAAUGUUUGUUUUUAACAGAUCCUCUGUUCAGUAUGUAACUUAAGUCUUCAUCGAGCUAUAGUAGAUGUUACACAUGUAUCAAUUAAAGCCAUUCCCCUGGUCUGUUUACCUAUUUAACUUUGCCUUCUGGAGGGCUGUUAGAUAACUGUAUAUUGGCCCUGAUACGCUUUAUGAACCAAAUAAAAUCAAACUUGCUGAA